AUGAGCCAGCUCGGCCUGCAAGACAUUAUUCAAGUCUAUCCCAACCUGGAACAUCACUGUGCCGGUUUUGCUCCCUCCAAAGGUCGACGCUGCCGCUAUCCCACCAAUGCGGACAAUCGGGCCAGAGCAUGCGCCCUUCUCGCCAAGGGGACCAAAAAGUUGCACGCCGGACAACCAGUAGAUGCGCUGCUGGAGGAAUUGGCCCCUCUGGUUCUCUGUCUACGAUACCAUCAGUAUCAGGCACCCGGCCUCGUUGCGCGCUGGAAAGAAGAUAUCCACAGUUUCCGAAUGUCACAGCAGGCACAACACCGCAGGCAGAUGAGCAGACAGUAUACUUCUCCUUACUCAGGGGAUCUCGAUGAACUGCAGGAGCAGUAUGAGGGUCUCGCCGAGCGGGUCGCCAUUGUUCUGGACAACCUUCAUCGCAUUCAAGGCCACCUUCAUGCGCAAGAAUCAAGGGUCCGGUUCGGUAGUGGCGGUGAUAAUUCGCACCUAGCGACUCGCCUGGAUCUAGCUCAGGAAAUCAUCACAAACUCUAGGAGAAGGCUGAACCGGAUUCUCGACGAUGAGAGAUCGCCUCCCCGUCUUGCAACUCAACAGACGGAGUCAACGCAGCAAGACGGAGAAGAACCACAUCAGACCGCGACAGAGACGGAUCCUGAGCAGAGAGAAGACAGAUCACGGUCAUCGCAUUCUCCUGGAUCUUCAACGUCAAGCACACGCACAAGUCCUUCUCCCACCACAGCAGCCAAUCCCCCAACUCCCGCAAUAACUUCAACCACCACAGCAAGGAGAUCGGUCCUCCGCAUCUCUCAUUCCCCCUCCCGCGAUAAUACCAUCACUGCCCGACCAAGGGGCGGCAUCUCUCGCCGGUCUGUCGAAAGAGAUCACGACUGCGGGAUCUGUCUUGAUGCGCUUCUCGUCAAUUCCAACAAUAGCGACGACGAUAGCGACAGCGACAGCGAUGCUUCUUCAGGUGAGAAGGAAGAAGCUGUUGAUCUCACCUGGUGCAAAGCACGAUGUGGGAAUAAUUUCCAUUCGGAGUGUCUUCGCCAGUGGAUCAACUCCUGCAAGACCAGUGGCCGGGAUCCGACCUGUCCUACAUGUCGGACGCGCUGGGUGGAUUGA